AAAAGUCUAUCUUUAAAAAUACAAAACAAUAGAUCAAUAAAAAAGUAGCACUCAAUACAUUCUUAUUUUAUGUUUUUUAUUUGUAGGCGUUUGUUUUCUAACAUGCGUAUUUACUUUUUAUUUUUAUGUGUAGUAACGAUCCAUUCGAUUGAAUGUACAUAUUUAUAUAAAAUUAAUUUUUGUUUUAGGGUCAUCACUAUUGGCAAUAUUCUAUUCAACUGUUUGCAGUUUGUGUUCCGAUAGUAGAUAAAAUGUAUGAAUAUUAUUAUAUCUUAAAAUACACCAAGUUGUGUGUGCGUAAUAAACAAUCUAUUAGGCAUAAACUUUCCGAGAAUGCACUGCGGAACAGUGCACAUCUUUGUAAUUUAUUUGAAAAUCUUGCUUUAAGAUUUCCUAUACUUAAGGUAAAAAGAUACAAGUGACCUACAUAUUAAAUAAAAUUAAACUCUUUUAUAUACGUACUGAUUGCUGUAAUCAGCUGCCAAGGCUAGAAAUUACUGAAUAAUUGACUAAUUGCCAAUUCAUUCUGGCGUCCUUGUGACGCCAUUUUAAAAUACUGUUGGAACACCAUUAAUACGCUAGUGGAACACCAUUGAUACGCUAGAGGGGCACCAAUGAUACGCUAGUGAGUGCAAUUGAGAUGCUAUUGGUGCACUAUUCAUAUGUAUGGCUUGCAUAUGGCUUCAUACAUAUGUGCAUUCUAAUAGCUCGUAAAAAAAAAAAAAAAAAAAAUAUUAUUUAUACUUUUUAUCAUACCUACACGGAAUAAAUGGAAGUAGUACUUAUAUUUAAUAACAAUUUUUUGUGUUUACUACGUAUAGCAGGGCUGAAAAGUUAAGUCUAGCACGUGGAAGAUUGUAAUAGAAUGACCUGUUAUUUCGUACAUUGCCCGGCUUAUGGGUAUUUACUAACCGUUAUCCACCUUCUCCAAUAGGCCAUAGAAGCAAGAACUUCAUGUAUACAAAUGGGAUAUAAAAAUAAGAAGGCACUCGUGUCUAUUUAUACCCAAAUGGAAGGGGAAUAAGGCGGCAGUUUGAAAUACAAAUAAUAAUACGAAACUAAAACAGCAAUCAUUUAGGUUGUUUAAGUAUAAAUAAUUGAAAUUAAAUAAAUAAUUAUUUAAUAAUCGUAAAAAAAUGAAUUAAUAUUAAUAUUAAUAGUAAAUAGUAAUAGUAAUAAUCGGUAUGUUACUAUAUUCAGAGCAGUACAAAAGGAAUAUUAAUUUAAAUAUACGAUUUGCGUGGACAGAUUUUGGCAAUUAAUACGUUUGAGUUCGUGCUCCAUGUGUAGUCUUCAUGGUUUCAACGUUUGUUUAUACUUAUACGAUAUUGUUCGAGACGAGCUAUAUAUAACCCAUAACAAAAACGGAUCUAUUAAAGUUUUUUUUCAUAGACUUUAACUUACCACAAAAAGCCGGUAACGUGAUUGGAUAAUUUGAAAUAUACAGUUUUUUUGAGAAAAGUUGAUCCGUUAUAUAGAAGCAACUUAUUACUUGAUCUUAUUACGAAUUCAUCAAAAAGCACACUGUAUAUAUAGUAUACAUUUAAAUAAUUUAAUAUAAUAAAUAAUUUUAAUAUAUCAAUUUAUUGUGAAAAUGUGGAAAAAUACUUCCAUUAGUUUAAAUGAAGAUAUUUCAUCAGUUAUUUUAGAUAGUGACGAUGAUAUAACAUCUGAGAAUAUAAGACAAGAUAUUUUUAUUGACAGUAGUGACAAAGAUGAAUCUAUUUCAAUGAAAAGGGAAUCAUUGAACUUAUAUUCUUCACCAAUUAUUGAGGACAAAGUAAAGAAGAGUUUUAUGAAGCACCGUAUAAUUUAUUCAGAUAAUGAAAGUAUUAGCGAUGUUGAUGAAAAGUUAUCUAAUUCAAAAUCAGAAUCAGAAGCCGAUAAUAUUUCAGAUGAUGACUCUAAGUCGACUUCUUCUAAAAAUGCUGAAAAUUAUAAAAGGAAAGAUGUUACACAUGAUUAUUCAAAGGAUAAUGUAAAAGAAUUCAAAUUAGGAAAGUAUUUUGAUUCUAUUAAUGAUGAUUCUGUUGAUUUUAAUGAUACUAAUGAAUCUGAGAAUUCAGAGCAAAAGUUGGUUGAUGACAAGAAAAAUUUAUCAGAAAAAGAAAAAAUUAAUGCUAAUCGACAAGACAAAGAACUAUCUAUAGUGGAUUUUACUCGUCCAGAAGACAAAGAACUAUCUAUUGUGAAUUUAACUCAUUGUGAUAUUGAUUCAGAUUCAGAUUUAGAUUAUUUACCAAAGAGUAGAAGCAGCGAAGAGAAUGCAUUGGCAAUAUCUCUUGCGAAACAGGAAAUUGGAGUUGGAAAUAUAAAUCCACUAGCAGCUCAAGAAAAUGCUCUUCUUACUUGUAAAUUACGGCAUCUACAAAACCAAAUAGAUAAAACAAAGUUAUUACUUAAUACUGCAAAUCUAGAUUUAUUACCAGACAAAGGAAAAAAAUUGCAAGAAAAUAUUAUAUUGCAAGAAAAAGAGAUGAAGGAGAUUAAAGAAAAAUUAGAAAGAACACCUUUAAUACAACCUAUUAAACAAGUAAAUGAACAAAUUAUUCUUGAUGAUGAAGAAGAAGAAGAGAAAUCUUUAUUAUCGUCGAAAUAUCUGCAAUCUACAUCUGAAUAUGUUUAUACGGAACCUGGAAAAUCUGCAGAAACUAUAGAAUCAAAGAAAUUGGGUAAAAGGGCACAAGAAACCUUAAACCGUGAAUUUACUUUAACAGCGGAAAGAUUACAGGAUUUGCAUGGAUCACUUGUAGCUCAACCUUCAGAAGAUACAAAAGCGGAAGAUCCACCUGGUUUAAAAGUUAAACUAAUGCCACAUCAACAACAUGCAUUAGCAUGGCUUAUGUGGAGAGAGAGAAAACGACCACCUGGUGGUGUAUUAGCUGAUGAUAUGGGCCUGGGUAAAACUUUAACAAUGAUCUCUUUAAUCAUGGCCACUCGUAAUCAAGAUGAUUCAGAGAGUGAUGAUGAAUGGUAUACUUCAAAUAAACCUAUAAUUUCUAAAGGUGGAACACUGGUUGUGUGCCCGGCUUCCUUAUUAUCACAAUGGGAAAAUGAAAUUAAAAGUAAAUGUAAAAGAGGUAUAUUGUCAGUAGAAGUUUACCAUGGUAAUAAUAGAGAAAAAAUAUCUAACCGUUUGGCAAAGUAUGAUGUUGUAAUAACAACAUACAAUAUAUUAUCCCGUGAGUUUAAAACCAUGUCUACAACAUAUAAGAUUCAUUGGAAAAGAAUCAUUCUAGAUGAAGCACACUGUAUAAGAAAUCAUAAAAGUCAAGCAUCUCAAGCAGUGUGUGGUCUUUUAGCAGAUAAAAGAUGGACACUUACCGGAACACCUAUACAAAAUAAAGAAAUGGAUUUAUAUUCUUUAUUGAAAUUUUUGAAAUGUUCUCCUUUUGAUGAUAUUCGUGUAUGGAAACGUUGGGUAGACAAUAAAAAUGUUUCUGGUCAUCAACGAUUAGCAACACUUAUGAAAAGUCUUAUGCUUCGAAGAACAAAACAAGAACUUCAAGCGCAAGGUGCUCUUGAAAGCUUACCUAAUAAGAAUAUCAAAGAAAUUGAAGUAAACCUUGAUCCACAAGAAAAAUUAGUUUACGAAAAAGUUUUAAUAUAUUCUCGCACGCUUUUUGCACAAUUUUUAGCGCAAAGGGCAGAAAAAGAUCACAUGGUAGAUUUAGAAUCUGGAUUAUACGAUAAGCCAACUUUUUUGUCAAAUCCAAAUAAAAAAACACAAUUUACAAAUGCUCAAAAUAAAUUAUUGUCACUCCACGCUGACGUUAAAUCACAUGAAAUUUUGGUACUUUUAUUGCGUCUCCGCCAAAUAUGUUGUCAUCCAUCAUUAAUUCAUGCUAUGUUGGAUCAAGAUGAUUUGGAACAAAGUGGAAUAGUAGAAGAAAAUAAUGAUAUUAUAUCGCGUGUAAAUAAUAUGUCACUGUACGAGAAUGAAGAAAAUCAAGAUGUAAAUAACAAAGAGAUAGGUAUUGAUCAAGAAGUCUCAAAAAAUCUACUUACUUCUACAAAUCCAGUAUUUGAAUCAGAUCGGUUGAGUUCCAAAAUGAAAGCACUAUUUAAUGUGGUAGAAGAAAUUAUAGAAAAGAAAGAUAAACUUUUAAUUGUUUCGCAAUGGUCAAGCAUGUUUGAUAUUAUUGGAUCUCAUUUAUCUGCGAUUAAAGGGGCUACGUUUACUGAAUUUUCAGGCAGAGUUCCUAUUAAAAAUCGACAAAGCAUAAUAGAAUCUUUCAAUAAUCCAAAUGAAGAUCCAAAAAUUUUGUUACUUUCACUCACUGCUGGUGGAGUUGGAUUAAACCUUGUAGGAGGAAAUCAUCUGUUACUUAUCGACAUUCAUUGGAAUCCACAGUUAGAGUCUCAAGCACAAGAUAGAGUAUAUCGAUUUGGCCAGAAAAAAGAUGUAUUCAUUUAUAAGUUUAUUUGUAAAGAUACUAUAGAAGAACGUAUCAAACUCUUGCAAGACAAAAAGUUAGCAAUAUCUCAAAAUGUAUUAAGUGGUGAAAACAACAAAAUUAAUUCAAAAUUAACGCUUAAUGAUCUUAAGUCUCUAUUUGGUCUAUAAAAAAAUAAUAAUUAUAGUUUUAUUUUAAGAACUUGUAAUAUAAUUUGUAAAAUAUUUUUAAUUUUUAGACUUUUUUUAAUUUUUUGACUUUUUUAAUUUUAAUUAAGUUAGAUUAUAAAUAUUUUACAAUUUAUAAUGUCUUAUAUUAUUAGAUGUAACGUUUUUAAUUCCAUCUCAUUAUUCUAAUCUCUAGAAAUUUACGAUAUAUUACAUGGAAAAAUAAUUAUAAUAAAAUGAAUCAAUUCAA